AUGUAUAUCCACCAGAGCAACCCUCAAAUGUUGUCACAGUCAACAUCGAUCACAAUGAGCAACACCACAAUCGUGAUCGCACCAGCGAAACAGCUAAGCGAAAUCGAUAUCAUCAAUGUCGACGGAAAUGGAGUACAACCUCUCAUUGUCACAGGAGUCAUGUUGGUUUUAGCCCUCGUGGUCAUCUGCAUUUGGAAUGGCUACCACAUUUGGAAACGUGGGAGAUCCUCAUCUAGAAACUACACCUUCACAUCUACGGAUCCAUACAGUGACGUUUGGAGUUUCGACGAAGAAGUGGGAGUUGGAUCUGGAGUUUUCUCAGAUAUGGUCAAUGAUCUUCCCGUAAUCACGGAGGAUAUCGAGUUGGAGAAUUUUGGUGGGGGCAGUCAGUAG